GCUCUCGCUUUCUCUCUCCUCUCUCCCCCCCCCCCAUCAAAAUCGAAACUUUGCGAAGUUUGGGCAGUACCCUCUCUCUCUCUCUCUCUCUCUCUCUCUCUCUCGCUCGCUCGCUCGCGCUGCAUCCCAAACCCCUAAACCCUCGCCCGCCCCCAAUUUCCCUUCUCCCUAAACCCUAAUUGCUUCGAUCUCGACGCGCAAAUCCACUCCCCGGUCGAGCUCGGUCAUCGGCGGCCUCGUUCCGAUUCGCGCGCCCGCGGCUGCCAUAAUGUCCAACUCCGGCCGUUUCGCGGUCACCCGGGUCCACCCGGACAACCGGUUCUACAACCCGCCGCCGGUCCGGCGCCACCAGCAGCAGCUCCUCCGCCAGAAGCAGCAGCAGCUCCUCCAGAAGCAGUCCCGGAUCGAGUCGGCGGAGGCGGAGGCGGAGGCCCUGGCGCGCCCCGACUCCUCGGACGACUCGGCAUUGUCGCGGCCGAACUCGGUCUGCUCGCCCUCGCCCCCCGGGACUGCGAAUUCGACCAAUUUGGAUCGUCUCAUGGAGUCCGUCACGCCCUCGGUCCGGGCUCACGACUCGCCCGAGCAGUUGAGAUCGAGGCGUUGGCGAACACGGGAAGCUGAUCCACUCCCUUAUUAUUUACUUGGGGAUUUAUGGGAAUCUUUUAAAGAGUGGAGCGUCUUUGGAGCUGGAGUGCCGCUACUGUUGACUGGGAGUGAGCCUGUGAAGCAGUAUUAUGUUCCAUCAUUGUCUGGUAUUCAGUUGUACAUUGAUCCCCUCAGACUAAGGAGAACAGGUGAAGACAGUGAUGCCGAGACAUCGAGAGAGACAAGUAGUGCCGGCAGCAGUGACUGUGAAGUGGAAAGAAGAGGGAAAGGUAUUGUUGAUGCAUCAUGGAAUCAACACAAUCUUAUUAAUUCAAACUCGCAGAAGAUGAAUAGACUGACAUUAAGAGAGAAGCCUCUCGUGAGUUCAUCAAGUGAUGAAGCGGAGGUUGGCAAUUCCUCUGGGACGCUAAUAUUUGAGUAUUUGGAGCAAGAGCAGCCUCAUCAUCGCAAACCUUUUUAUGACAAGGUUUCAAUUCUCACAUCUCAGUUUCCUGACCUAAAAAGAUACAGAAGCUGCGAUAUAUUGCCUUCAAGUUGGAUUUGUGUCGCAUGGUAUCCAAUAUAUAGAAUACCCGUAGGCCCCACUCUGCAGAAUUUUGAUGCAUCCUUCCUAUCGUUUCAUCCUUUGUCGACGCACUCAAAAAGCACAGGCAAAUUCAAGCCACAACUUCAUAUUUCGAGUGGCAGAAGGGCCCGUGGCGUUAGUGCAUCCUCUAAGUUUUCUCUUCCUGUUUUCGGUCUUGCUUCCUAUAAACUAGGAGGCUCAAUUUUAACUCCUAAUGGACCACAUGAAUCCCAGCAGGCCAACUCUCUCUUGCAAGCUGCUGAUGAUUGGCUCCGGCAGCUGCAAGUUUCUCUUCCCGAUUACCAGUUCUUUGUCUCCCACAACACACAGUGGAGAUAACAGAAGGAUGACAAUCCCUUCCCUAAAGUGCUUUGCUCUAUAGGCAUAUGAUUUUAAGGUGUCAAUUUUGAUAUGGUAUAUGAGAUAGAAAGAAUGUGUUUUAGAGUAAAAGGCAUCUGUUUUCCGCUAUUCCCCGCUAAACAGAUUGUUUUAUGUGCCUCCAUAACUUUGUAAUUAUGUGCAUCUCCCCCUGGAAAUUUAGUAGUCUAGAGGGGGAGAGGGAAAAAAUGCUUUAUUGAUCCAGGUUCAGCUUAGAGUAGCUCUGACUUUUGAGUUUCAUGAAAGAAUUGCAGUCAGUUGGGAAUAUUGGAAGCAAAAGUAUUACUUCGUGUAUGUAAAGUUGAUACGUGCAAGUUGCAUAGAUUUCUACAUGAUCAA